UUGUGAUUUUGAAAGGAGUUACAUUUUUCUGAACCCCCGGCACCCCUCCCGACUAGACUCGACAACAUGCGGGGAGCGCGUUAUUUGCGCGGCGUCCGUGGCUCGCUCUCGGUCGUGGCGGCUUGACUACUCCGGGGGGCAACCCGGCUCGCUUCCCGGUUGGAAGAAGAGGACUUUGCAUGAACAAAUGUGAAUUGUUACGGCAAGCCAUGGAGGGACUUGCCUUAAGAGGACCUAACGCCCAUUUUUAGGCUCUUUUUGGUCUACUUCUUUUUACAUCCAAGUUGUGCUCCCACUGGCUUUACCAUCGCCAUGGCUGAGAAGCUGGGACCCGCCGGGCUCAAGCCCGCCAACAUCCUGUCUGCUCCCUCUGUUCCCCCAGAACCUAUCGAAAUCAUCCGCACCAAAGCCCGCUCCCGCCGAGUCCGCCUUAACGUAGGGGGUCUGAACCAUGAGGUCCUGUGGCGGACUCUGGACCGGCUGCCGAGGACCCGGCUUGGCAAGCUGAGAGACUGCAACACUCACGAGUCCCUGAUGGAAGUGUGCGACGACUACAGCCUGAACGAGAAUGAGUAUUUCUUUGACAGGCACCCGGGGGCCUUCACUUCCAUCCUGAAUUUUUACCGUACUGGUAAACUACACAUGAUGGAGGAGAUGUGCGCCCUUUCGUUUGGCCAGGAGUUAGACUACUGGGGAAUUGAUGAGAUCUAUCUGGAGUCCUGCUGCCAGGCCCGUUACCACCAGAAAAAAGAACAGAUGAACGAGGAGCUGCGCAGGGAGGCGGAGACGAUGAGGGAGCGGGAGGGAGAGGGAGAGUUUGACAACACCUGCUGCCCGGACAAGAGGAAGAAGCUGUGGGAUCUCCUGGAGAAGCCCGGCUCCUCUGUGGCUGCCAAGAUUCUGGCCAUCAUAUCAAUCCUGUUCAUCGUCCUCUCCACCAUCGCUCUGUCUCUCAACACCUUACCGGAUCUUCAGGUGACGGAUGAGUAUGGACACAUCAACGACAACCCCCAGCUGGCGCACGUGGAGGCCGUGUGCAUCGCCUGGUUCACCAUGGAGUACCUGCUCCGCUUCCUCUCCUCUCCCAACAAGUGGAAGUUCUUCAAAGGUCCGCUGAAUGUCAUCGACCUGUUGGCCAUCUUACCUUACUACGUCACCAUCUUCCUGACGGAGUCCAACAAGAAUGUGCUGAAGUUCCAAAACGUGCGCCGUGUGGUACAGAUCUUCCGCAUUAUGAGGAUAUUGAGGAUCCUGAAGUUAGCCAGGCACUCCACGGGACUCCAGUCUCUAGGGUUUACCUUGAGGCGGAGCUACAACGAACUGGGCUUGCUCAUUCUAUUCCUCGCCAUGGGCAUCAUGAUAUUCUCCAGCUUGGUCUUCUUUGCUGAGAAAGACGAAGAUGCCACCAAAUUCACUAGUAUCCCCGCCUCAUUCUGGUGGGCCACCAUUACCAUGACUACGGUGGGCUACGGGGACAUUUACCCGCAGACUUUGCUGGGAAAAAUAGUCGGCGGGCUUUGCUGCAUCGCCGGAGUCCUGGUCAUCGCCCUGCCCAUUCCCAUUAUCGUCAACAACUUCUCCGAGUUCUACAAGGAGCAAAAGAGGCAGGAGAAGGCCAUUAAGAGGCGAGAGGCGCUGGAAAGAGCCAAGCGUAAUGGCAGUAUUGUGUCAAUGAACCUUAAAGAUGCCUUCGCCCGCAGUAUGGAGCUAAUGGACGUGGUGGUGGAGAAAGAAGAGGGUAAAACCUCCCUAGACAAUCACCUGGCGCCGAACCGCUGGGGAGGCUCCACCCGAUCCACCACGUCGGAAACCAACCUCAAAUUCCCGGAUAAAAGAUCCCCAGAGUCUGUGGCGCAGAGUUCCCCCCAUCGUAUCACCAUCACCACCACCGGGAGUCCGCCAUGGACCAACAGAUCGCCGCAACAUCUUAAUGUGCAAAAACUGGAGGAGAUGUACAACCAGAUGACUAAGUCGCAGUCCUUCACCAACCUGAACACGGCAAGCUCCAUGAACACGCUGAGCACCAACAUGACCGCCCCCGGCUCGCCCAAGAGGUCCCACAGCCCGGACGCCACAUUAAAGGAGGAGGUGGAGAUGAAGGAGGUCCGGGCUACUUUGGAAGCCAGAAGGGAGAACAGACACCUCUGUGUGCCUCUUGAGCUGAAGCCUCCUGAAAAGCAGAAUCCUGUGGACAACAUCCUCAAAGAUGGCUUCUAUGGAUCAGGUGACGGCUCUGACCUCCACAUAGAGGAAGGCGAGAGCUUCAGCACGGCUGUAGAAAACAUACAAAAGUCUCUCAGAGGGAACAACCCUCUUAAAAUACAAGUCAGCAGGACAUCUACGGAGGGCCCGCCGACGCCGCCCAGCACCACCUCCCCAGGGGACAUCAGCUGCGGCAUCCUGGAGGAGGAGACACCCGAGGGGGAGAUGUCGCCGCUCAUCGCCAGUUCCGAGGCCCUGCUCCCUCCCACAGAAGAUGAUGAGGAAGGUCCGUUGUCCCCGAAGCGCUUGGUGGUCGACACCCCACCCGGUGAUGAAGACCCAUCCUCUGAGAAGCACCUUAUGGAAGUGGCAGGUGCUUCCUGUGGGUUUUCAUCACCUAAGGCAGGUGCACAGAACUGCGGCCAAUGUGGGGUCGGAGUUCCCGAGGGGGCGGACAGCGACCAAAGUGGACACAAAGUGGAGAACCACAUGUUUACGUCCGACAUCCACCUGAUACCAGGCGACGGUAGUUUGUCGCCGACUUGUGAAACCAGCAUGUGACUGCAAGGGGAGACCCUUUGAGGGUCGCCAACCUUGGGGGCAGAUGACAGACAUCGAUAUUUUUGCAUGGCAUGGCGAGUCCCUUUUACUUGUGUUGUGAAUGGCUGAAGAAACCAGGACGGAGUCCACCACACUAAUGCAGACUUUUCCCACCUGUACAUAAAAGACUCGGAUGUAAAAAUACAAAAAACGAAGCAUGCAUUUCAAAAGACUAUUUUACGGUGCUUAGUUUGCUGAAAGCGCUCCACUGUAAAUAAAUUAACCAUUAUUAGCAAUGUGAAAAGGGGGCGGGGCAGACCCACAAACUGGGUGUUACAUUGUAGCGAGCUAUUUAAAACGAAAAAAAGACAUAUCAUUCAUGACCUUUUGUGUAAAAGUGUUCCUCUGUAACGUUUCUUUUUCUGUGUGUUUGCUUUGCCACGUUUCAGUCCAGCGUCACCUUGCGAAAACGACAAGUAAUCUACAUUUCUAAGCUAGUUUUGUCCUCUUUACUCGUCAUUCAAAUGGCUAAAAAUGUACUCUCCAGUAUAUAUACCUUUUUAAAAGUAGUUUUAAGAGUGAAUUAGUAACUAAAGUAGUUCUAAAAACAGUAGGUUAAGAUCCAUAAUGAAAUUAGGAGUAUUUAUAAAUGAUCUGGUCAAUAUAUAUGCUUUAUAAUAGUUAUCUAUUCCAUCAAAUAUCAAUGGACCAAACAGAUAUAACAACAUAUAUUAAUGACAAUUACAUUGUUAUUUUUGCUUGUUUUUUUAUUUAUUUAUUGCCAUUUUCAGUCCAACUUAAACCCAAGUGAUAUUUAUUAUGCUGUUGAUUUGUUUCUUUUUCACAGAGUAUCUCUUCUGUUUGUUGCCUUCGAUUCCAAUUUAUUGCUGGGAUUUUUCAUCGUCGACACUGAAAUAGAUGCAUGACGUUUCUUUUGUAUUAUUUAUUCUGUUUUCUCACAGAGAGGCGUGGAAUGUGCAAUACCGCUUACUGCAAAACUAUGCAGGCCAAGAAUCGUGGCACUUUAUUUUCUGUCUGUCUUUGGGGUUUGUAAUGUACAGACAGAAAUGUAUUUUUCAUAUCUUUAAUAUGAGGCAAAACAGUAUUACAAAUAACAGACUCUCACAACAAUUAGCUUUUUAAUGGCAGAACCAAUUUGUGUCGGGGGGGGGUUGAACUCAAAAAGGGAUCCAAAUUGACCACUUGGGCCUUUUUAUAUCGCUCCAAAUCAGACAAACAAAACCUGAUCAAAAUGAGUCUAUUUUUUCUAAAAAAAAAAAUAAAAUAAAAUACUAAAGGCGAGCUUGACCACAGCUUCCUGCCAUGUGGUAACAAUGAAAUGAUGCGUGCCUUUUCAUAGCGCUAUGAGAAGGCAGCGAUGUCAUUGAGCUUUGUUCAUAUAUAGCGCUGUACAGAAAACUCUAAUUUUAUAGCAGAAAUCAGGUCUUUAUGUAAUAGAUAUUGAGUUCUCAGGUUUUCUACAACUACUCUCUGAUGUCUUGAGUUUUUUUUUCCUUCGAUUAACAUUUGAAGAGGUUUGCUUAUUGGUCUUGUCGUGUUGCCGGGAAGACUUUCCUCGUUAUUCGUCGAGUCCUUAGUGAUGGAGUUAGUUUGAAGAAUGUUUCCCAACCUAUAUUGAGCCAAAGCACAUCGUUGACAUUGGGGGGGUGGGAAUGACAGAAAAAGUAGAUACACAUUUUAAAUAUGUACCUUCUGCUGGUUUAGUAAAAGACUGUGUCCACCUUUACUAGUUUAGAGUGAAGAUAGUUACAUAGAUGAACAAAGAUAUGGUAUUUCUUGUGACCAAUUCAAUAAAAUUGUGUGCACAGUGCGGCACAGUGGUUGGGAAUCACUCCCAGCUGCUCGAUGGUUUUUUUUCCCAUGCUGACAACGCUGCAGGUCUACUGCUUCCGACCUCACGGCGUGCCCCUCUGGAGCGUGGAUCGAUGGGGAUGAGAGGGGGUGAGAAUAAGGAGAAAUUGAAAGGAUCCUCCCACGUGUGUUGUGGUCCAUGUUUCCAUCGUGAUUUCCUUUUGUUUACAUACAGGUACAUCCUCUUGUUGUACGCGGUGUCCAUCUUACCACUGACCAAGCCUUCAUUUGGACCCCAUAGCAGGAUGCGUGACUUACGGUAUACUGGAGGUCUCACACUGACAUGACCAGAGGUCAUAGGUCGGGGCUAUUCAACGAACGUCAUCUGGGGGCCACAUUUUUAUCAUGAAUGUAGCAUCACUGCAAGGCUUUCUUUUCUCUUCAAUUGUUUACCUCAAAGAAUGAAUAAUAUAAUUGUUCAUUUAAAAACAAGUUAUAUGUUUAUGCUAGUCAAAGAUCCUCUAUAUAGCAGCAAAUUGCCAAGACCUACGGCAAAAACACUGGUCAAAGCUCCUCUAAUUGACAGAAAACUGUCAAGACCUACUGCAAAAACCCUAGUCAAAGAUCCUCUCUAUGACAGAAGUGUUCGGUUUCUAAAAACCUAUCACAAAAAUGCUGCUGUUUUUAUAGAUGUUUUUCCUAAACACUAUGUAAAGAUCCUCUAUAUGACAGGAGGCCUUGCAGGUUUUAAAACUCUACUGCAAGAACACCAAAGAUCCUCUUUAUCACAGGAGCGCUCUAUUACUAAGAACCAGCUGCAAAAACACAAGGCAAAGAUCCUCUAAAUAACAGGAGCGCCCUGCUGUUUUUUUAAGCUGUGCUGCAAAAACCCUAGUUAAAGAUCGUCUAUAUGACAGGAGUGUUCUUUUGUUUUUAAAGAAUGGCAAACAUGCUAGUCAAAGAUCCUCUAUACGACAGAAAAACUGUCAGGACUUUCUGCAAAAACGCUUGUCAAAGGUCCUUCUAAAAUCUAUAACAAUCUACACCAAAGAGCCUCUUCAGCACAGCAGCACGCAUUUUUUGACAACCUGCCGCAAAAACAUCAGUCAAAGAUCGUCUUAGUGACAGGAGUGCCCUGCUGUUUUUAAAGCUGUGCUGUAAAAACUUUGAUCAAAGCAAUGUUUCUUAACCAUAGCCCGAGCUCCACCAAGAGGGCCUCCAAAAAAUAGGUGUUUCCCAGCUGUGCUUUGUAUUGUAUGGGCUGCAGCAGUACUCAGUUGUAAUACACUUUUCCACCACUUGUGGCAGUAAUGACAACAUCAAACAAACAGAAGAAGUCUGGAGCUAAUGUCAUAGAAAACUUUCAUAAGCGCAAAAAUUAUGACUGAAGUAAUUAAGUAUUUUUAUUUGCACUGAAAUUGUAUUGACAGUUUAUUUAAGAAAUGUAUAUGUAAUUGAUAUUUAUUACUAAUUAAGUAAUUAUUUAUUAUUUUUUACGACUGCCUAAUUGCAUGUAAAUUUACUUGAAUUGACAGGAGGGCCUUGCUGUUUUUAAAGAUGUACUGCAAGAGCACCAAAUAAUCUCUUUGUAUACAGUCUUUAAGAACCUAUCUCAAAAACACAAGUUAAAUAUCCUGUAUAAAACAGGAGUGUGUUUAUUAAGAACCUGCUGUAAAAACAGUAGUCAAAGAUCCUCUAUAUGACAGGAGUGCCCUGCUGUUUGUAAAUAUCUACCGAAAGAACACCAAAGAUUCUCUAUGUAUACAGGAGUUAUCUGCUGUCGGUUAGGGUAGAAAAAUAUAUUCUAUAUGACAGUAGUGCUCUGUUUCUGAAAAUCUUAUCACAAAACGCUAGUAAAAGAUCCUCCACUGCUGUUUGUAAAGAUGUGCGGCAUAAACACAAGUUCAAGACCCUGUACAAAGCAGGCAGGAGCCUGUUUUUUUAGAUCCUCUAAGUGACAGGAGCGUUCCGCUGUUUUUAAGGAACAAUUGCAAAAAUGCUGAUCAAAGAUUCUGUAUAAGACAGGAGCACCUUUUUAGGAACCUGUGUGUCAAUGAUUCUCUCUAUGCACUGCAGUUUUUAAAGAUGUGCUGCAAAAAUGCUAGUCAAAGAUCCUCUAUUUGAUAGAGUGCUCUGUUUUUAGAGCCUAUCACAAAAACGGCAGUCAAAGAUUCUCCAAAUGCACUGCUGUUUUUAAAGAUGUGCUGCAAAAUUGCUAGGCAGAGAUCCUCUAUAUGACAAGAGGGCCCGGCUAUUGGUAAAGAUCUAAUGCAAGGACACCAAAGAUUAUCUAUACAUACAGAAGUGUUCUGCUGUUUCUGAUUACCUUUUGCAAAAAUGCUAGUCAAAGAUCCUCUACAUGACCGGAGUACUGUUUUCAAGAACCCUUCACAAAAACGUUAGUCAAAGAUCGUCAAUUUAAGAUGUGCUGCAAAAAUACAAGUUAAAGAUUCUCUAUAAGACAAAGGCGCAUUUUUUAAGAACCUACCGCAAAAACGUUAGUCAAAGAUCCUCUAUAUGUUCUAUGCACUACUGUUUUUAAAAAUGUGUUUCAAAAAUGCUUUACAAAGAUGCUCUAUAAGACAGGAACGCUUUAUACGAACAUACUUAAAAAACGGUAGUCAAAGAACCUCUAUACAAAGGAAGCAUUGUGCUGUUUAUAAAAGAACUGCUUUAUAAUGAAAUGCUUUUCAAAGAUCGUCUAUAUGACAGGAGCGCUCUAUAAGAAGUUAGAACAUAUCCCAAAACACUAGUCAAAAAUCCUCUAUAUAAAAGGAGCCUUGUGCUGUUUUUAAAGAAAUGCAAAAAUGCUUUUCAAAGAUCUUCUGUAUGACAGGAGCACUCCAUUUGUAAGAACCUUUCACAAGAAUGCUUGUCAAAGAUCCUCUCUACGACAGGAGCAUUCUGCUGUUUUUAAAGAACUGCCAAAAGGCUAUUCAAAGAUCCUCAACAUGCACUGCGAGUUCUAAAGAUGUUCUGCAAAAUUGCUCAUCAAAGAUCCUCUAUUUGGCGUUCUUCUGCAAAAAUGUUUGUCCCCCACAAGUUUUGAAGUGUCCCCCAGGCCAUCAGUUGAAUAGUCCUGACUGUGCCAGGUGAUUGGUGUACAUAAAGAAAGGUUGUGUUUAUUUAAGCUGUCUUUGUGCAUUCUGACACUAACUUACAUGUCCUGGCUUAAGAGAACAUCAGCCACCAUUUACGAGACUGUUUCAAUCGACAUCUUUGUAUGCAUGUAGUCGUCCAUUAUGAUCAUGUGGCCACGGACAACACUUUAUGUACAAAAUGUAUGUCAACGUUUCCGUACCGCAUCUUUUUCCCAUGAAGUCUAUUAGCAUAUGCAGAAUAACAAAUAAAUGUAUA